CGAUAAGCUAAGAAAAGGAAAGUAACACAUCAACAAUGGGUUGAUUUUUCGUCAUGCCAUCGAGAGGCAUGUUCCUCGGUUUACAGUUCGUUUGCACAGGCUCACCAACAGACUUGCACAAGACUCCUGCUGCCUGCCAUCCUCAAGAGAAGGAGAGUAUAGCAAAUUGACACUCAAGAGACUUGACUUGCUGUUGGAGCAACUGAUUUGAAGGUUAAAGCCAUGGCUUUGGAGGAGGAGAAAGAGGAGUUGACAGCUGAUGGAACCAAAGAGGUGGACUUAUUUACAUCAGUGCGAUGCCUGGGUUACCUUUCAAGUGUCAACCUGCUUGUUGCAGUUUGUGUGGGGAUGUACGUACGCUGGGAGGUGACCGACGAACCUAUGAUUCUGGUCAUCUUCAUCUUGGGCCUCUUUGUCUUAGGAAUAGCAAGCAUCCUCCACUAUUAUUUUGCAAUGGAAAAAGCCAGCCUAAGCUUGUUACAUUUGUGGUUUGGUUUCCUGCUUGGCCUCCUGUGCUUCCUUAACAGCGCCACCCUUGAUCUAAAUGUCAAGGAACAGGUCACCAACUAUCUCCUUCUGGCUAGUGUUGCAAUGAAGACUGUGUGGGCUCUGACAGAGCGCAUCUGUAGUUCUAUGCGCUACAAACCAGCAUUGCUCACCUCUUCUGAGAUUCUAGAGCUAUUAGGAUUUGGUAUUGCUAGCACUAGCAUGCUUCUACACAAAUCGGUUGCCAUAAUCGGCUUGGUGGUGGCUCUGGGGGCUCUCAUCGUGGACUUGAGGGUGAAAUCCCUCUUGGCUUUGCCCAACCUGGUCUGUUUCGCAUUGGUUACCGCCUUAGUGUUCUUCAAGGCAUUAGGCAUCACAGCCAACCCCUAUGCUCUGGGCUGCUACCUGGGCAGGCUGCUGUGCAACCCCUUGUUGGAUGUGUACUUUAGUGGGCUGGGCCCCAGUGAGCGCUGGCUACCUGUGCUGUCCUCAGGGAGGGUAUGGAGGAGGUUGUCCCUGCUGCCCCUGAGCCUGGCUGAACUGGCAUUCUUCGUCCUGGCUGCCUUGAAGCUCAGCCACCUAGAGCAAUGGUACCUGGUGAUUCCUGGUUUCUGUGUGUUUGGCCUUUUCUGGUCGAUCUGCCACAUGGUUUUGCUGAUUACACUGUGGGGCUUCCAUACCAAGCUGAAUGAGUGCCAGGAGGCCUGGCGGGCCCAGAGGUCCAGUAGCAGGAGUCUGGAAAGGGUUAUGGCUUCCAGGGGGAUUCGACACUUCUGCCUUAUCUCAGAACGCCUUGUUUUCUUCAGUCUACUGUCCACAGCCAUACUGGGAGCUGUGUCCUGGCAGCCCUCCAAUGGUCUCUUCCUGGGUGCGCUGCUGCUGGUGCUGCCCCUGGAGUCCCUGACCCAUGGCUUGUUCCACGAGCUGGGCAGCUGCCUGGGGGGAACUUGUGUUGGCUAUGCACUAGUCAUACCGACCUCUUAUUGCAGUGCUGAUGGCCAGCCCAGCCUCCUGUCCCCUGAACAAGUACAGGGGUAUAACCUGCGCUCCACAGGAAUGCUGAACGGCAUGCAACGUCUCUUCUCCCACCACAUGGUCCAGACAUUUGGCUGCGACUACUCUACCAGCGGUGUCACGUUGGAGGCGGCGCAGACCAAGCUACGGAGUUUCCUGGACCAGCGCACAGCCGACGGGCCGCGUCAUGAUACCUACCUGGUUUUCUACAGCGGCCACACCCACCCCGGUACUGGCGCUUGGGUUCUGGCUGGAGGUGAAAGUCUUCACCUGGCCCAGCUGCUGGAAUGGUGGAGGGAGAAGAACGCCGGCCACUGCUCUCGUCUCAUCCUCAUCCUGGACACAGAGAACGCCCAGCCCUGGGUAAAGGAGGUGCGGAGGGUGGAGGGGAUCUAUGUAGCUGUGCAGGCGGCUGAACUGUGCCCCUCUGGUGGGGAUGCAGAGGCCGGGGACGCCCCCUGCCUGGGCGAUUUUACAGCCGAGUGGGUGGAGUUCAACUGCAACCCUGACAGCGACACCCAGUGGUCGGAAAGGGGAAGGGCGGUGACAGCUAUCUAUGGCGUGUCCAAGCGCUGGAGUGACUACACGCUCCAUCUGCCCACGGGAAGCGACGUAGCCAAGCACUGGAAGACCCACUUCCCCAAGGCCACCUAUCCCAUGGUGCACCUGGCCAACUGGUGCUGCGGCCUCAACCUGUUCUGGCUUUGCAGUGCGUGUCUGCGCUGCUUCAGGAGGUUUAAACUAAAGUGGUUUCCUCCCACCAUACUGGACACUGGGCAGGGCAUCAAACUGGUCCACUCAUAGACGCUCCCAGGAAAUUGUAGUUGUGCUUUUCUGACUUUGGAAGUGUUUUGCCUUUUUUGAUGGUGGAGUUAUCUGAGAGGUCAGAGUUUAUGCCAAAAGAAAAAGAAUAGUCCUGUACACACACACACACACAUUUUACGUAUUUACUUGCAGCACAGUUUAGCAGUAGCACUUUUGAUUGUUGGUAAGGGUGAUGUCAUUGGAAAGGAACUGAUUCAUUUUUAUGGUAAAGUCGUAAUUAGCUGCUAAGGCUGCAAAACUGUUUCACAGCAUAACAUUGGGUCAGUUGAGUCCGAUCAAAUACCAUAUUGCUGUUGUGGAUGUUAUUGUUGGCUUGAUGGUCAGUUAGUCAGCCACUAGGAAAGUGCUGUAUAAAAUGCAGUCCAUUUAACACUUGGGUUGUUUUAUAUCAGUACAUUCACACGAGGCAAUGAAAAGCCAAAAUAAUUGUAGUUUGCAUUCAGAUAAUUCAACCAACUGCUCCAAUGGCUGUAUAAAGCAUUGUUAAAAAAAAUACUGCAAGCACAAAGGCCAUAGCGUUUCUUCUUAACCAGUAAACUGUUACAAUGCAAGAUACCUUAUUAAUCACCUCUGAAUCAAAGAUAAGGUAGGAAUUACACGGGAGAUGCCUUUUUACAUAAACCUCUCACACUUUAUUGGUUAUUGGGAUAGUGUGUUAUGUUUUACUGCAUAUGUAUACCUAAUUUUGCCAUUACAGCAGUAUUUUUUCUAUAUAACAAUUUAACUUUUACACAGUUAUGUUUCUUUUUCAGAGUGCCUUAAAAUGUGUCAAAGGUAAAAUUUGGGACGCUUUAUACGGUGGGUUGGUAAUUUUUUUUGUUUUUGUUGUUUUGCUUUUUUCUUCAUAGUUUUGUUUUUAAAUAUUCCUUUGGCGUGUCUCUUAUUUAGCUGACACUUUUUAUCCAGAGAAACCAACAGUGGCAGAGCAGGGAGAGAUUGACUGUGCUUGCCAAAUGACUUUAAGUCAGCACAGAGAGGUUGGUUGUUGCUAGCCAUUCACCUGCUGACCAGAGGGACAGCGUAUCAAUGAGGCCACCAUGCCAGUCCAGCUGUGGGAUGCCUUAUACCGUUUCCAAGCUGAUGCCUUUAUCCCUGCAUUGAACAAAGAGAUGACACAGCCCAGGCAGCCUUUUGUUCACAUGCAUUUGAGCUGUUUGUUAAAUGAGCCAGUUUAGGUGGUGGUUCUCAUGUAUUGUUUUUCAGUCGGAUCAGGUGCCGACCCUGCCCAUUCCUCCAGACACACAAAGACUACAUUUCCAUCUGUCAGCUGUCUCGCCCAACCAUGUCUUCAUUGUCAAAGCGACAAACAAGCGGUGUGUUGUCAUGCAGCACCAUAGGUUCUCGGUUCCUCGAGACCGUGGAUUGCUGGAUUGGGCGGCCGCGUACCGUGGUACACUGCAUGUACGAUAAAGAUGUCGAGCUGUAUUUUCCACAUGUAAUCAUCCCGUCUCUCGCUCUUCCCUCUGCAUCACCUGUUUACAUCAUUCUUCACAUAUGACUCAGAACAGAUGACUUCCAUGGUGUUUGGUAAUGCAAUAAAUAAACGGGAGUAAUGAA